CAUGGAAUUAAACGAAGCUAGCUUAUGCUAAGCGCAGGCGCCAUUGUGGCCACUAGCUUAGGCAGGCCAGGAUGGAACGGUGCUGCUGGAGCAGCUUAAGCCCUAUGACGACUGUUCCGUUUCAAAAUACCGUUACAAAUCUCAGUUGUCACAGUUUUCACCCAUUCCAUGUGAAGCAUCCAAUUCUAGGUUGUUCUAGAUUUAGAAUGAAUUGCAAAGAGCCAGCACAUGACGAUUCUCCUCUCUCCGUUGCUUCGGCUUACUCUGUCCUCGGAGUACGCCCCGAUUGCUCUGCUCUCCAAUUGAAAGCUGCUUUUCGAGCCAAGGUGAAGCAGUUCCACCCCGAUGUGAGCAAAGACGGAACAAAUUCAGAUACUAUGAUUCGCCGUGUAAUCCAGGCAUAUGAGAUGCUAUCCAGCUGCAGCCGGUCAGAGAUAAUAGAAAGGGAAUGCUUAGAUCCAUUUGACAAACCAGAAUGUGAAGCUGUUGAUAUUUUUGUUAACGAGGUUAUUUGUGUUGGGAAAGCAUGUUCAAAUUCAUGUGUGAACAGAGCGCCUCAUGCUUUCACAUAUGUCUCUUCAACUGGAACAGCACGUGCAGCUUCUCAAGGUCAUGGUGAAGAUUACCAAGUUCAACUUGCUGUUGGUCAAUGCCCAAGAAGUUGCAUUCAUUAUGUUACUCCCUCGCAGAGAAUUAUCUUAGAGGAGCUACUUGACAGCAUACUGAAUGAACCCUAUGAUACGUCAACUGAGGCAGACCUUCUCUACUCACUUAUAACGAAAGCCAAAUAUGAGAAUAACAGAUACCAAAAGCCGAAGAAGGAACCGAAAACUUCAAGCCAGCAUGUUGAUUGGUUUUAACAUUGGAGAAGUGGUGUAUCAAUAAGCCAUCCUAUGAAUAGAAUGACAAGGGCAUGGCAAUUAUUGGCUGCGUUUAAGAGCUUUAUUUCUUUUCUUUUUUUCUUUUUUGAUGAUAAGAGAGAUAGCAAAACUAACUACGGAAUUCUAUUACAAGCCUUAUUAAGCCAAUCCAAAGCAAUAAUCUUAUUCAGCUCUUUA